AUGAAUACAGCAAUAUCAACCACAUACUAUAAGAAAGAAUCAAGCAUAUUGAAGGACGCCACAGGGGCAGAAGAUGCCGUAAAAUGCGAGCAUGUGAUUCCUCCUAUAAACUCACAUUACCUAGCUUCAGUUGAGAACUUAAGAGCAAGACUCCCCUUUGACAUAUCUAUAGCUACCGUGACAUUACCACCACAUGAGGGUAUUUUGCAAAAACUAGAAAGUUGCUCCUCCGCUGGCUUCCGCAUGGUAGAAAUAAUGGCUACUGAUUUGGAAAAAGUAAGUGCAGAAGAUAUUUAUGCUACAUGCAAAAAAAUUGGGAUCCAAGUAUCUAUAUAUCAACCUUUCAGAGAUUUAGAGGGCCUUGAUGAUUCUGAGUUCCAGAAAAAGUUGACAGAAUUCGAAAGUUUCUUAAAUACGGCUGAUAUUUUACAUACUGACUUGAUUCUUUUAUGUGCAACAUGUCGUGCUGACACUACUAAUGACAGAACCAUUUUUAUUGAACAGUUGAGAGCUGCUUCUGAUGUCGCAGCUAAAAAAAAUAAAAAGAUUGCUUUUGAAGCGUUGGCUUGGAGCUCCUAUAUAAACACGUUAGAGGCUGCAUGCGAAGUUGUUCUUGAGGUCAAUCGAGACAAUUUUGGCAUUUGCCUUGAUUCAUAUCAUAUUUUUUCUAGGAAUUGUAGCUUGAAAGUCCUAGAUGAAAAAAUGAAAAACAAAGUGUUUUUCGUUCAGUUAUGUGAUGCUCCCUUAUUGAAGUUGUCUGAUUUGUUGUUCUACUCUAGAAACUAUAGAUGCUUACCAAUGCAGGGUGAAUAUAGAAAUGACUUAUUGAUUCAAAAGGCGCUAGAAUUGAACUAUCGAGGGCCGUUGUCAAUUGAAGUAUUUAAUGCUUCUUUUAGAAAGCAGGAUGACGGUAAGUCAAUUGCGGACGAUGCAUUUCGUUCAUUGAUGCUUUUGCAAUGUAGCUGGAUGAAAAUAUUACCAAGGGCGACUGUUUUCAAAGGUGUUUUUCUCGACAAGGUGGAAACUGUGACUCCCAAUCAACUUUGUAACAUUGGAGUUCUAGUCUCGGAUAAGGACCAGUUCACUCCCAGGUUAAAAUUAUUCGGAUAUGCUAGCAACUUGACAUCAAUAUCUGAGAGCGCUUCCUCUGGGAUUUCAAAGAAACUAAACCUAAUUUGCAAAAAUCGCUUUGAAUUUAACAGACUUAUCCUUUAUUUAAGAUGUGUCCUCGGUUACAAUGUUUUACUCAAUGAUGAAAGCGAUGUAUACAACACUUUUGGAUUACCUCUUGCUUUAACUUUUGGAGGUCAGUUAGAUGACUUGAAACUAACUCUUAUUGUAGAAGUCGAAUAG